CUCAACUUAUACAGCUUAGACAUACACUUAAAUUAAUAAAAUUUGCUUUUGCUUUACAUAUGUAGUUUCCAAGUUAAAAAUUCACGACUCCGCUUACCAAACUAAGUGUAAUUAAUGCGAGUGCUCAAGAAUCAAGCUAAACAGUUAGACAAUGCACGUCUCAAAUAACUAAUGCCUUAUAGCUCAGCUCUUGGCGAACAUUAGACAUUCAGCAGUCAAGAGUUACAGAAUGGCAUCACGCAACAAACUGCUCGAAGAAUAUUGGAAGCGCUUCGAGGUGAAGACAAAGGAGUUCCUGAGUAGCACAUCGUUGCAGGGCAUGAAAUACAUUUGGAACAACAGCCUUCCCAGUUGGGUGCAGUUUUAUUUUGGUAAAAUCUUUCUAGUCUCCGUCUAUGUGGCCAUCAAUCUGGCCGUGAAUGUUUUUAAUCGUUGGGAGAGCACGCCUGUCAUCAUUGGCUACAGCUCCAAGAUGACAUCCAUACAGGAUAUUCCCUUUCCGGCCAUAACGGUCUGCGAUAUGAACAAGGCCAAGUACUCCAAGGUGAUCAAUUUUACAGUAGGUUCCUUGGAGUAUGCCAUGCUGCAGAAGGCUUGCUUUCAGGACAUGAAUUUUACGCAAUAUAAGGCGAUAAAACCACGUUCCAAAAAUGAUACUUUUCCCAAUUUCAUUGUCGCUGUGAGUCACAAGUGUGAGGAUAUGAUUGUGUCCUGCAUGUUUGAGCAAAAGAAUGUUCCUUGUACCGACAUCUUUCGAGAGUUCUUUGUCGACGAAGGUCUCUGCUGUGUCUUUAACUUUCUGCAUCCCUAUUAUCUCUACAAAUAUAGUGCACCUUAUAUACGGGAUUAUACUUCGUCGAAGGGACUGUCGGACAUCGCAGUUGAUUGGAAUCCCAUUAAAGGUUAUCCCAAGAAUCUCCCUGCUGGCUAUUAUCCCCGUCGGGGAGUGGGCACAGGAGUGGACAAUGGUCUGCAGAUUAUACUAAAUGGACAUACAGAUGAUUAUUAUUGCUCUUCCACAAAUGGACAGGGAUUUAAGGUGCUGCUUUACAACUCUAUUGAUCAGCCCAGAUUGAGGGAAUCGGGUUUGCCCGUGAUGCUGGGCCACGAGACUAACUUCCGUUUGAUGCCCAGCAGUUUUGAGGCCAUGCCCAAUUUGCGCAGCAUCGAUCGCAAGAAGCGUCAGUGCAUCUUCACCGACGAGCAGGAGCUGCUCUUCUAUAGAUACUACACACGCCGUAAUUGUGAGGCGGAAUGUGAUGCUCAGUAUUUCUAUAGACGCUGCGAUUGCAUUCCAUAUCAUCUGCCUUUGGUUUAUCGCAAUGCCAGCGUUUGUCAUGUGCGGCACUUUGAUUGCUUGAUUCAAGCAGAACUGCAAAUUGUGGACGAACAGAGUGCUGCAUGCAAGGCGCUUUGCUUGGCCAGUUGUCAUGAUGUCUCCUACUUUCCUGAUCCCUUCUCCAUACCCUUUCAUCAGAAGGGCAUUCGGGUCACUAAUGAGUAUCUCAAGCACUUCUCUACGGAGUAUAUUCGCAAAAAUUUGGCCGUGGUCAACUUCUAUCACAACGACAACUUGUUUCGCAGCAAUUUGAAGUCCUCGUACACAGGAAUCACUGAGUAUAUGUCUUUAACUGGCGGCAUUAUGAGCUUAAUGGUCGGUUUCAGCGUUGUUUUCAUUUCGGAAUUGUUCUACUUUCUCUUUCUUCGCUAUUUAUUGGAGUAUAUUCAUUUGUGGGUCAAGAAUCGUCGUAAUCGGGUACAUGUUUUGCAUACGAAUCCUAAUUAA